UAAGCCGUAUCAACCAGAGGAGACAUUCUCUAUUAGUAACCAGCCCAUCGACGACUAAACGUUAAGGUCGCGUUAGAUGUAAGAACCUCAUCAAGUUAUCUGAAUUGCGUCACAAGGAAGAAGAGUCAGAAAAUAAUCGGAAUAACCAGAAAGAAAGCGUCAAAAAGAGACUGCCGAGUGUUCGGUCAAGGGAAAGAAAAAACGGAGUAUAUAUACGAGUGAAAGGGAACCAGAAUUGUUGUAUUUCGACAGUCAUUGGCCGUGUGUGCAAUAACGUAAAAGUGUUAGCUGUUGGUGAAAUUAUAUGCACAUUGCAAGAAACGAAUAAACAACCAGAUUUUUGCUAAUCGUACAAAGCAAGAAGUUAUAAUAUUUUCGCUUCAAAAAUUUGAAAAUGGGUACUUUGCAGCAACAGUCGAUUUUAAAAGGUCAGCAGAUAGGAAGAAAUCAGGAGAAAGGUUUAGUGCACGAAUUAUUCAGUCGUGCAGCAAAAAUCUAUCCAAAUCAAACCGCAUUAUAUUACAAAGAUGACGCCGGUCAGGAAUAUGUGCUGUCUUUUAAAGAAUUGGAUAACAUUACUAAUCAGUUGGCACGAACUUUACAAAAGUAUGAAAAAUUUGAAACGAUUUCUCAAUCGCUAAUAGCUGUCUGCAUGAAACCGUCACAUCGACUUCCAACUGUAUUACUUAGUAUAUUAAAAGCAGGAAUGGCUUAUCUACCUUUGGACGCGGAAUUUCCGAUGUCUAGAGUAAAACACAUUCUGGAAGAAGCUCAACCAUUAAUAGUGUUGGUCGAAGAAGGAGCGGAUUUAUCAAUCUAUGAGGGUGCUUUAGUCAUGACGUACGAACAACUUUCGAAAGAAGCCGAACAAGAACAAGAGAAUGCAUUACAAUCUAAGAAAAGAUCAAAUCAACUUGCUAUUGUUCUUUAUACUUCCGGAAGUACAGGAAUUCCCAAAGGUGUGCUUAUACCACAUGCUACUCUAUUAAAUCGUCUACAAUGGCAAUGGAGGGAACUUCCAUACGCUGAUGACGAGAAACAAUGUGUUUUCAAAACUUCCCUUACUUUCGUCGACAGUGUUCCCGAAAUUUGGGGACCUCUUUUACAAAAUCGUACUCUAGUAAUCGUAUCAAAAAGCGUGACUAAAGAUCCGGAAAAGUUUAUACCACUCUUAGAGAAGCAUCAGAUACAACGCUUAGUUCUCGUGCCAUCAUUGUUGCGUUCAUUGCUCAUGUAUCUAGGUUUACAAGAUAAUGAUAAUGUCCUCGAUCGUUUGAAACUUUGGAUCUGUUCUGGGGAAACUUUAUCAGUCGCACUGGCCGACCAAUUUUUUGCCACGUUUGACAACAAGGGCAAAAUAUUAGCUAAUUUCUACGGAAGCACAGAAGUCAUGGGCGAUGUUACGUAUUGCUUGUUAACCAAACGGGCACAGUUACAAGAGAUGGAGAAAGUACCAAUCGGAAAACCUAUCGACAAUUGCAUAAUUUAUCUUGUAAACAAGGACAUGCAACUGGUUUCCCAGGGGGAAACCGGAGAGUUGAUCGUGGCUGGAAGAAAUCUUGCCGCAGGUUAUAUACGCGAACAAGACACACAUAAAUUUUUGGACAAUCCUCACGCCAUCGAUCCAGAAUAUCCAAGGAUUUUCCGUACGGGUGAUUAUGCUAAAAUUGUCAAAGGAUUGAUAAUUUUCGAAGGACGAGUGGAUUCGCAAAUUAAGAUUAGGGGUCAUCGUGUCGAUCUUACGGAAGUCGAAAAAGUGAUCGCCAGAGUACCUGAUAUCGAUAAAGUCGUUGUUCUUUGUUACAAACCCGGUGAAUUGUCACAGGCACUAAUAGCCUUCGUUACUAUUAUGAAUGGCAAAACCCUAUCCAGUUUGGAGAUCGAAGAUUUUCUUCAAAGCACGUUACCGCCAUAUAUGUUACCGCAAAUUUUUAUUGUUGAUCAUAUACCUCUUCUAACCAAUGGAAAAACGGAUCGACAAACAUUACUAAAGAAAUACCAAUCAUCUUGCUCUAACGAAGAAAACGACGUUGCUACGCAUUGUGAUUACAGCAACGUGCCAAGUCAAGAUCUUGCAAAAGCCCGUGUCCUCUUUCCGACUAUCGCAUCCGUAAUCGGACGUGGUGGUCGCGCACUAAUAACACUACACGCAAAUUUCUACGAACUUGGUGGAAAUUCCUUGAAUUCCAUUUACACGGUGACCAAGUUAAGAGAUCAAGGUUAUCAGAUCGGUAUCACAGACUUUAUCACGGCAAAAAAUCUAGCUGAAAUAUUAGACCGGAUGAAAUUCAUAUCAUCGGAUGAGGAACCUUUGAAAGAAGCCAUCGACAAGAAGCCAUACAUUUUUGAAUCAUUGAGUGAUUACCAUAAGGAGGACGCGAUCGAAAUAAUCACAGAGAGCUUUUAUUCAAAAGCUGAUUUGGAGCAGUGGUUAAUGCCAGACAUAACAAGAGCCGAUUAUCGGGAAUUAAUGGAAGCUAUGUGGGAGCCUCUUGUAAAAAAGAAUCUCAGUUUCGUUAUAAAGUCGGCGCAAAGUGGCAAAACAAUCGGAGUUACUUUCAACUUUGAUCUUUGGGAUGAACCUGAAGUGAUACUAAAAUCUAAGUUAAUGAUUGUUUUCGAUUUUCUUGAAUAUCUGGAGAAACCGAUUAGAGAUUGCAGAUUGCCAAAAGAUAAAGGUCAGAUUAUUCAUUCUUUCAUGAUGGCGACGAGCGGCGAUUUGAAUUCCGCAGAGAACGUACUUGUAAUGAGACAAAUGGAAGAAUAUUGUUUGCAAUUCGCCAAACAAAAAGGUUACAGCGGAAUUUUCACUACAAAUACCAGUCCGCUCACACAGCAACUUGGUACGGAUGUAUACGGUUAUGAAACAAUGCUGGCGUAUCAAGUAAACAAAUAUGAGACACCCGAUGGAAAUAAACCUUUCGGCAAAGCUCCUGACAGCCAAGUGGCUAUUUGUUCAUUGAAGAUGAUUAACUAGAACAAUUUUAAUAACUAAUGCAAAAAGAGAGAACUGAGAAUAAUUGACAUAUACGUGUAAGCAUUACUACACUGUGUUUAUCAUCUGCGACUAUUAAUAAUCCAUUACCAUAAAAUUAUUUUGACACAGCAUUGUUAUUUUCUGUAAAUAUCGGCGAUAUAAGCAAUGUAAUUAAGCUAUACAAUAAUUGAAUAACUGCGUUCGGCAAAAAAAAACAGCUUUGUAACUGUUAUAAAAUUCUUCGAUACAAUUGGUUUUUGCUCUUAGUUCCUUCUCUAGUAUCUUCAGAUCAAAAGGUGUAUAAUUAAUUUGUAUUAAAACAUUUUAUAACAGUUGUAAAACUGCUUUUUCUACUAGACUCAAUUAUUUAUCUAUACAUUAUUUGUUAAACGUAAUGAUUAUUGUUUCUUCGUUAUUGUUUUUUUUUUUCAUAGAUCAGGAAACUUUAAGAUUAUUUACUUUAGUCUAGAAUUUAUUUUAGUUAUUUAUCGAUAUUCAUGUGUAAAAAUACGAAAUAAUUCUCAAAGAUUUGAACUGUAUAGUUAAUUAAUUAUAAUAAUAAUUUAAUAAAGCUAUAUGUAUAACCGAAAAUUUUCCAAAGUAAUUAAAUAUAAAAGUAUUUUGAUCAAAA